AUUUGGCCACUAUACCAGUGCACUUAUAAUAGUUGUUAAUGUGGAUAGUUGGAGUUGGAAAUAGUUUAACACUGUGACUAUUGUGAUUUACGAAACCAGUAAAAAUAUUACAAUAAAAUAAAUUAAUCUUUAAUUUGAACACCCGAUUUACUUAACUUUUUAAAUUUACAAUACUAAGAAAUAUAACCUAUAAAUCGUAUAUAUUUUUAUAAUGAAUAUCGAAGAAAAUAGACUACAAACAUUUACUGAUUGGCCUUCAGAUGCUGUAGUGAGUCCAAUUAGAAUAGCAAAAGCGGGGUUUUAUUCGCUGCAACAAAACUUGACAGUGAAGUGCUUUUGUUGUGAACUAGAAAUAUCGGAGUGGAACUAUGGAGACCAAGUCAUGGCAAGACAUCGGGAACUAAGCCCGGCGUGUGCUUUUAUUUUGGACUCCUCCGCUUCAGGAAAUGUACCUAAUAUAUCGCACUCAAUCCAUGACAGUAUUCUUUCAGAAGAUGUAGUGGACUCUCCACAUUCCACUCAUUCUCUUAGACAUGAAACAGUUCGCUUGCAAAGCUUUGAGAACUGGCCCGUUCCUCACAUAGUUAGUCCAGAAAGUUUAGCAAAAGCGGGAUUUUACUACUUAAAACAGCGAGAUAGAACUAAAUGUGCAUUUUGCAAUGGAAUUGUUGUUGCGUGGGAGGUCGGCGACGAUCCGGACUAUGAACAUAAACGCCAUUUCCCUAGUUGUUCAUUCGUACAACAAGUAAUUACUCCACGUUUGGAGCUUCAAAACGAAUCACAAUACGAUAAUACAAAUCCGUCUUUUUCAAACGUGAACGUUGUGAACGAAUCAAAUUUGUACGAGGUGGGGGUGAUGCAACACAGAGGUCCAAAGAAAAGUAAAUUUGCGACGUUAGAAUCGAGGAUGCGUACAUUUUCAAUGUGGCCUGAAGAACUUAUUCAGACACCUGAUUCUUUGUCUCAGGCUGGUUUUUAUUACGAAGGCUCUGGUGAUCAGGUGCGCUGUUUUCAUUGUGAUGGGGGCUUGAGGCAUUGGGAUCCGCAAGAUGAUCCAUGGACUGAACAUGCACGGUGGUUUCCUAAAUGUGGAUAUGUGGUGCUGGUGAAAGGGCAGGAAUUUAUUACCGCUUGCACCAGUAACAAUUCAUCAAAUACGGAUGAAGAAUAUAGGAAAUCAGUUAGGCCAUAUCAACAACGUGAAGUAACGGAAAAAGAAAUACUAACGCAAAUGUUGACACCUGAAGUUAUGGCAGCGUUAAGUAUCGGUCUCCAUGUUGGACGCAUCAAGCAGGCCAUUAAAGAAAAAUUGGAACAAACUGGAAUAGGCUUUGCGACACCCGAUGCUGUAAUCGAGGCAGCGUUAAAUGUUCAGUUGGACGAGGACGAAUCUUCAGAUGCCCAUGUAUCGCAAGAGGUUACCCAAAUUUUAGCGGAAGCCGUUAAUAGAACUCUAAAUCAUAAUGAGCAAGCUCAACAAGAUGUGAAAAUGGGUUCUCCGGCCGAAACACCACCUCAUCCUCCCUCACCGAAGAACGAACAAAGCAAUACAAAUUCAGACAAAUCUCUUACUUUGGAAGAGGAAAAUAGGUUAUUAAAGGAAGCUAGGCUGUGUAAAAUUUGUAUGGACAAUGAGGUGGGCAUUGUUUUUUUACCGUGUGGACAUUUAGCCACUUGUUUUAAUUGCGCACCAAAUUUAGAAGAUUGUCCUGUUUGUAGAUCUACCAUAAAAGCAACAGUUAGAACGUUUUUAUCCUAACAUAGUCACUUUUAGACAAUGAUAUUGUGGUGUUUAAAUAUUUAUUGAAUUAAAGGUUUAUUUAUGUUAUUGUAAUAUUAUAUACGCAGCAAUUCAUAACCACUGACUUUUAUAUUAGGAAGUUUUUCUUAUAUAAAAAUAACACACCUUGUCCAAAUUGGUAUAUUUUUAAACUAAAUCUAUUUUAUACUAGAUAUAUGUAUAGGCAUGAUACCAAACUUGUCACAAGAAAAUCAUUUUUCACCUGUCUGUUCUUUUCCUUAUCUAUUGUAUGAGUUACACACGAAAUAUGUUGUAUGUGGUAUGUCACACUUUUUACAAAAUAGCAAAUUCAAUCCUUGAAAUUAUGUCAAAACAUGUAACACAUAAUUAAACUUUUUCCAAAAGUGUU